UCACCAGGAGCCACCAAACAAAACAAAAUGUUUUUGCGCGCCGGACGGUAAACGCUUGUUCCUUUCAAAGAGCCCCAAGUUUCCAGACCAAAAAUUCAGUGAAAUACAUUCCGUUUUGCAACGAAACACAAUGGAUCAAGAGAAGUCGAAGCACCUGCCCAUGUCCCGGAUACGUACGGUGAUGAAAACAUCACCGUCCAUCGGGCAUAUCAAUCAGGAUGCGUUGUUUCUCAUGUGCCGAGCAGCGGAAAUGUUCAUCGAAUUCAUCUCCAAGAAUGCGUACAAGAAAGGUACACAGCUGCUGAACUACAAGCACCUGGCCACGUACGUGGCGUCGGAGGAGUCGUUGGAAUUCCUGGUGCAGGUUCUGCCGAAAAAGAUCACCGUUGCCCAGUACAAGAAGAUCAUGGAGCAGAAGAAGAGCAAGGGAAGCGACGACGAGGACAGCUCAAGCGAAGAGGAAGAUAGCAGCAGCAGCGGGGAAGAAUCCGAUGAUGAGGAAUCGGACUCGUCGUCCGGAAGCGGUGAGGAAGAGGAGGAGGAUGAGGAUGGGGGACAGAAGGAGGACGAUGCGGACAGUGUAAUCUCAAUCGAUUCCUCCAGUUCGGACGAGAAGGAGAAUUCCAAGAACAUGGGAAACAAGAAGUCGCCGAUUAAACAUAAGACCGGUGAUUCUCCGUGAGGAAUUAUUUUUUCUGUGGGUCAAGGGUGUGGGAAUUUAGGCUAGAGCCACCUCAAAUUGUAUUACAUUAAAAAAAAAAACUUAUGUUAAUAAAUUUUUGACUGUACUUGAAA